AUGGUUAGAUCAGCCAUAAAACUGUUCCUACUGCUGCUCUCUCUUGGGUACAUGAUGCUUUGGUUCAUGAUGCCCACGAAGUUAUAUUUUGAACAUUGGUUGCCUAAAAUCCGUGCCAAGACCAAAUCCAUAUACUUUGGACAACAAGGUUCAACUAUGCUGAUAUGUACAUUUCCCAUCCUCUUCAUUGCUACACUGGGAUGUAUUUACCUUCACUUAGGAAAGAAACAUGGAGAUCACAACGUUGAAGGGUACAAAAGGGUGCCGACAUCUAAGUUGAAGCAACCAGUGAUAGUGAAAGGUCCUUUGGGUAUUGUUUCAUGGAUGGAGCUCUCAUUUUUAACCAUGUUUGUUGUGCUGUUAGCUUGGUCAACCACUUCUUACUUGAAUGGUAUGUUUACACAUAUCGACCAAAUGGCUUCAAGGAGUGGAUUGCUAGUGUGGGAGGCUAAGUUGGAAAUGUCAGGUCUAACACUAGGUCUCGUAGGCAACAUUUGCCUAGCUUUCCUCUUCUUCCCCGUGACAAGAGGAUCUUCAGUUUUACGGUUGAUUGGGCUUAGCUCAGAAGCAAGUAUUAAGUAUCAUAUUUGGGUUGGGCAUAUUGCUAUGACCAUUUUCACUGCUCAUGGUUUAUGUUACUUUGUUUUCUGGGCCAAGACUGAGCAGUUAUCACAGGUACUUAAAUGGGGUAAGAUUGAAGUUUCAAACAUGGCAGGAGAAAUAGGUUUUGUUUGUGGGUUAGGGAUGUGGGCAACAAGCCUUCCUCAAAUAAGGCGGAAAAUGUUUGAGCUCUUCUAUUACACUCAUCAUCUCUACAUUCUCUUUAUUGUCUUCUUCGUCUUUCACGUGGGUUUCUCCUAUGCUUGCAUCGUGCUUCCUGGUUUCUACCUCUUCUUAAUAGAUCGAUGUCUAAGAUUCUUACAAUCCCAACAAAGGGUUAGCUUGGUUGCUGCACGUAUUUUACCUUGUCAAACUGUUGAGUUGAACUUCUGCAAGAGCCCAGAAGUGAAUCACAGUCCAACAAGCAUUAUAUUUGUGAAUGUACCAGCCAUUUCUAAGCUUCAAUGGCAUCCCUUUACAAUUACCUCCAAUAGCAAUAUGGAUACUGACAAGCUGAGCAUCGUGGUCAAAAGUGAAGGAAGGUGGUCUUCUGACUUGUAUCAGAAGCUUUCAUCCCCUUUACCCAUGGAUGGUUUCCAGGUCUCCAUAGAAGGGCCUUACGGACCACCUGCUUCAACACAUUUACUAAGGCACGACACAUUGGUGUUGCUGAGCGGAGGAAGCGGCAUUACGCCUUUCAUCUCAAUCAUCCGAGAGCUCCUCUUUAAGGCCAGUUCUGGAAGUAGCACCAGGAUUCCACACGUUCUUCUCAUAUGCGCGUUCAAGAAAUCUAUUGACCUCGCAAUGUUGGAAUUAAUAUUACCAGUUUCAGGCACCACAGUAGAUAUUUCUUGCCUGCAGUUACAGAUUGAAGCCUAUGUAACAAGAGAAAAGGGGGCAGAUGAAAAUAACCACAAGCCACUACAAACUGUAUGCUUCAAGCCUAAUGCGACAGAUGCACCAGUUUCUGCAAUUUUAGGCCCUAAUAGCUGGCUCUGCCUUGGACUUAUCAUUUCAUCUUCCUUUCUCAUGUUUCUUCUUCUCAUUGCCAUUCUAUCACGAUACCAUAAUUCUAAUAUGGUAUACGCUAGCUCUGCAACUGCUGGUUUUAACAUGCUAUUCAUGUGUAUCGCCAUAGCCAUGACAGCUAAUGCUACUUUUCUUUGGAAUAAGAAACAAAAUAGAAAGAGGUUGAGACAAAUUCGAAACAUGGAUACACCACCAGUGUGGUUUAACAAUGGUGACAGAGAACUAGAAAGCCUGCCGUACCAGUCUUUACUUCAAGCCACCAAUGUCCAUUAUGGUGAAAGACCUGACUUGAAAAAGAUAUUGUUUGAACGCAAGGAAAGCAGCGUAGGAGUUAUUGCCAGUGGACCGAGGGAAAUGCGGCAAGAAGUGGCAGCCAUCUGUAGUUCUGGUUUGGCAGAUAAUCUGCAAUUCAAGUCCAUUAGCUUCACCUGGUGAUCACAGCAGAGCUGAAACAGAGGAAGAAUAGUCCUCCCCCCUUCUUUCACCUGCUUAUUUGUUAAACCCCAUGGGGAUGAAUCAAUCAUUCUUCUUUAUCUGUAACGAUUAGGAUGGUCCUGCUCUAUUUUGUAAUAUAUAUAUAUAUAUAGAGAGAGAGAGAGAGAGAACUCUGCAAAUCAAAAUAUACAACCAAGAUUAAGUUCAGAUUUGCUUUAA